AUGAACCGUGUUGCUAUCGUUGGGGCUAGUGGUUCGAUUGGCUCUGCAGUGCUCAAGGCUUUGAUAGCCUCAGGUAAAGAUGUGACGGUCUUCUCACGGUCAUCCUCGGCAGCUGUUUUCCCUGAAGGUGCUCGAGUCCUUCGAGGAGACUACGAAGAUCAAACCUUUCUCCAGGAUGGCUUGAUAGGCAUAGAUGCGCUUGUGUUGUGUGUCGGCACCCUUAUUCCGGCUACUCAAAUUCCAAUCAUUGAUGCUGCUAUUUCGGCUGGUGUAAAAUGGAUUAUUCCGAGUGAAUUUGGAACAGACAGUGGUAACUCUGAGUAUGCUGCCGAAGUUCCUAUCAUUCCGCCCAAGGUAGCCGUCCAAGAAUAUUUAAAUGAGCAAGUCGCCAAGACACAAUCGCAGUUCAUGUGGACAGGCGUUAUUAACGGCCUAAUCCUUGACUGGUCGCUUCCGCGUGGGGUACUUGGCAUUGACACUAGUCGCAAAAAGGCUGUUCUACUAGACCAGGGAGUCACGAAAGUCAAUAUGACAACGUUGCCGACUAUAGGACGUGCCGUCGCCAGUUUGCUUCAACUGCCCCCUAAGCAAAGGAAUAUGUUUGUCAACAAACUGGUCUAUAUCUCGUCCUUCUGUAUCUCCCAGAUUGACCUCCUAGGGAGCGUCCAGCGGGUUACUUCAUUCCCGCAAACUUCCUGGGAUAUCCAGUUCCAGGAUACGGAGGCGAAGGUUGCUGCUGGCAAGGAAAAACUCAAACAUGGGGACGUGUUAGGCUAUGCUGAUCUGAUCUACGGUCAUGUAUUUAAGGAUGGGGCAGGUGGCAACCAUCAAGCUAGGGUCGGCCUUAGCAAUCAGAUUUUGUCACUUCCGAAUGAGGAUUUAGACGAAGAGGUGAAGAGGAUCCUUGCCAAUGAAUGA